CUGAUCAAAAGUGCUCAGUCGGUCGGAAGGAAGACGGGAUUAGUUGGCGUGCAAUCGCUGAAGCAUCACAGAACUUUCUCAAGUUUUGAACUACUGCAGCCAAGACUAAACGUUAUCGUGAAUGGAUUAAUUCCUUUUCUCGUAAACAAAAGAAAAAUCUUGGAAGGCAUCGGAAUUUUGUCGGAACGAUAAUAGCUAGGACAUCUAAAUGACUGACAGUGUCCAAGAGUCCGUCGAUUACUUGAAUUAGUUGUCACAAUACGAAACAUCUCUACGGCUCUAAUUGACCGCAGAGCCACUAACCAUGUUGAUGUCUGAAAGAAGACGGUCCACAGUUGUGGACCUAUUUCAUCCGAAACAAUUCGGAUGCGAUCCGGCGGGAAUCUUCCAUCAGGAAUAGAAAAAUGUCAUUGGAUCUAGAUGAUAGCACAAAAGAAGGAAGGCGAAACUACGACAUUCUCAAGAAAACUUUCGUCGGAGAAGCGGCCGGCGAAAUUGAACAGGGACAGCGCGCAAUAUGCUGGGUCAUUUACAACCGAGUCUUGGGCCACAAAACUUAUUGGUACGAAGAGAAAGAAGGCAACGGCAUUGCGGGAGUCUGUUUGAAAAAGGGACAGUUUGAAUGUUGGAAUGAAGGAGAGAAGAGACGAGAUCUGGAAGAGUCACUGAAAACUGAUUGGGGGAAAAAAGUAAUGGCCCAAAUUGACAAGUGGCUUAGAGAUGUUUACUUUUACCAAGGGGGGAAACCCAAGAACAAUCCGAUUGGCAAAUGUGAUCACUACAACAAUCUCGCACUACGAAGCACUACCGAAGACCGCCUAAAUAAUUUAACUUUGAUGAGCAUCGAGUCCGACCUACUUAACGAUAUUGAUUUCAAUGAUAUUAUCAGUGAUUUUGCUAGUAGAAAAUCUCGAUCCGUUCCAAUUUAAUUAGUGAUUGCGGUAAUGUUCGUAAAUUACUUAUUUGA